CAGACGAAAGGUCACUGAAAACGGGAAUGGAAUUUACACAUUCGGUCGAAUUCUCGUGAUUUUUUUAAGCAAAUAAUAAUUGAAUUUUGAAAUACUUAGAAAAUGGAUGUAGAGGAGUGUCUUAAAGAAUGGGAGGAUUUAGUGGUGGAUUACAAGCGCUUAGAGGUUGUAAACAAAGACUAUGUUACGAAAUUGGAAGAAGUUGGAGAGUUGCAGGCUGCCUGCAUGAAGGAGAUUAACCACCAGAAGUAUCGCAUGUCUAUUAUAGCCGCCGCGUUGAAAAGGUUAGAAAAGAAAGGAGUCACGAAGGAUGACCGCGUUGCGAAUUUGGAAAAGGAGAUUAUGAAGAGGAAAGCUAUGUUGCGCGAGAUCAAUGCGACGCUGCCGAAACAGAACAGCCUGUAUUUGCGCAUCAUACUAGGAAACGUUAACGUUUCUAUUCUCAAUAAAAAUGACAAAUUCAAAUACAAGGAUGAAUACGAAAAGUUCAAGCUGAUUCUCAGUGCCAUCGCCUUUGUGUUAGCCGUUGCGAAUCUUUACAUUGAUUUCAGGCCAUUACAAUUAAUACUGUUGUUCCUGUUGGUAUGGUAUUACUGUACGCUGACUAUCCGCGAGAGUAUCCUCAAAGUGAAUGGUUCUCGUAUCAAGGGCUGGUGGCGGCUACACCAUUUCAUAUCGACCGUGGUCGCUGGUAUACUCCUCAUCUGGCCACAGAACGAACCAUGGAACCUCUUCAGGCAUACUUUCAUGUGGUUCAUUGCUUAUAUCAGUGUAGUCCAAUACAUGCAGUUCAGAUACCAAAGCGGAGUUCUAUACAGGUUAAAGGCCCUGGGAGCUAGGCAUAACAUGGAUAUAACGAUAGAAGGAUUCCACUCAUGGAUGUGGCGGGGACUGUCCUAUCUAUUGCCAUUCUUGUUCGGCGGCUAUGUGUUCCAGCUGUACAUUGCCUACACGCUGUAUAGUCUCAGUUACCACCCUGAAGCCACUUGGCAGAUAUCUUACCUGGCGGCUUUCUUUCUUACAUUGCACUGUCUCAACAUGUAUACAAUACUCCAGACCUUGCACAAGAAAUUGCAAGGGGGCUUGAAGCUACGGUACAAAUUACGUGCAAUUGCCUACCGUCUAUCCAAUGAGCUCGCCGUGUUGGAACAAAAAUGGCGACAGAAUAAAGUGGAAACGAAAUCAGAAUAACUUUAUCUGGCCUAUAUUUUAAUGUGAUUUACUAACGAAUGUAUUGAUCAGAUUGGUGGACAAUUUAUAUUUUCAUAAUUCAUUGUAUUCAAAACUGUAUAACGGCG